AUGGGCUCGCUACUGCUCACUUCACCAGCCGAAGAUGUUCAGCUUGCAAUUUUGGGUGUCUUCUUCGAUAACGGGAAUCAUGUUCCAGACCAAGAAUCGCUCAAGCCUUUUCUCGAGUAUUACAAGAAAGAAACAGCAGAGCUGGACUUCGGCGUUCAGCCAAGGAUUUCAGAGAAUCAUAUGACCGUACUUCGCACACAUGAUGACAUCAUUCACACUGUGAACAUUCUCAAGGGCAAUCAAGAUAGCACAAGGCUGGAGAUUCGCAAACUCCUCAAUCGGGAUGCAUGUCGCUUCGCAUCGACUCCGGAUCAUGAGAUCAACCUCGCAAUUGACCUGAGCCUCAGACUCUGGUUAAUGCUGAACGUGCGCUGUCCAGAAACGAGAUUUCUAACACCGUCGGCCCAAUCCAUUCAAUGGGAUGAUACAACCACCUUGCGACAAUUCAUUGUUGCGCAGUUUCCACGACGAAGUCUCAACCUUGAACCCAAGCAGAGCCGCCUAAGCCACAUGUUUACUGUCAGCUUCAUGUUCACCAUACCCGCAUGCUUUACUUUGCGAGACAAUUUCCACACUGAAUAUGCUCUUCCCCGACUGGAUGAGGAUACCGACAAGCUAUUGAAGCAGUAUGGGCAGGAGUUCCAUCACCUGGCUCCUUUCGACGGCUCGCGCAUGUUAAAUCUGAACGAGUUUGAGUUCUGGGGUGAACGGCUCCUGGAAGUUUACGAGGAGGUGUUCCUAUCGCCUCCCGUUAGCUUGCGACAACUCUGGUCAGAUCGUCGAAGUCCUCAACAGUGGUCAGUGUUCUGGACUGCCCAGAUCAUCUUGACCCUCACGAUAGUAUCGUGUAUGGCCACCUUCGUCCAGACGUGGGCGUCAGUGAGAGCCCUUCGGCUGGCAGAAGAAAGUACAUUGUAG